AGGGGAAGUGUGUCGUGUAGCGCGGAACAAAAUUAAAAGCAGCAGUUUUAGUUGAGAUACUAAUUAUAAUGGCUUUAUAUGAAAUAUGCUGUAACACCCGUAGCUAAAACCUCAAUAAUGUUUGCCUACACUGACUGAAGGGCUUCGCGAUAGUCUCAGUUACGUUGCAACAGCAUGUAACUUCACGUUAACGUAGCUAAGUUAGCCAGCUAACUAGAAACAGCUUGUAAUGUGAACAAAAAACAAAAAACUGCGACACACCAACCUGAAGUCGAGUUGUAACGUUAUCACAUUUUGUUUAUGACCGUGUCGUAGCUACAAAACUGAGGAUAAAGUGGUUUUAUGCCUCGUGUUGGACACUCCUCGUGUCUUUAACUGUGUGUAAAUAACUUCAGUGUGGCACAUGGUCACUGUUGAUUAUACUCUUGUUUAAGUGGCACAACAGCUGUUUUAAAACCUCCUAUAUACACAUACUUCCUUGACAAGUAACUUAAUAUUACAGAUAUGGAUGAGUCCACAGCAGAUUUCAUGCCACACUCAGAUAAAUGUUCUAUCUGCCUGAGUCCCUUUGACGAGCAAGCAGUGGCCUCUCUGGAGAGCUGUCAGCAUGUCUUUUGCCUUGAAUGUAUUCUCCAAUGGUCCCAGACAGCCAACACUUGCCCAGUGGAUCGGAUCAGUUUUGCUUUCAUCCACCAGAGACGGUGUCCUGGAGGGGACAUUGAAAAGAAGAUCAAAGUGAGGACGCAGAAAAAGACGACUGAUGAUGGCGAUGAAGAGGAGGAGAGCAACGCGUUUAUCUGCGAGGAAUGUGGACGCAGUGACCGCAGACACCGACUGCUAGUGUGCACACAGUGUGAUUCAGGCUAUCACAUGGACUGCUUGACCCCAUCAUUAAACAUCGGCCCUGAAGGAGACUGGAUCUGUCCUGAGUGUGCCGUCGUUCCUCAGCAUACAG